AUGUUGAGCAAGAGUAUGAAUAACGGCGGAAAAGGGAACAAUAAAGGCGGCAAAGGGAUGAAAGCUGCGGGAAAAGGGAAAGGCGUGGGGUGGAAGGGCAAGGGAAAAGCUGUCAACAAGGGGAAGAACGGCAAGGGAAAAGGUGCCAAGGGAAUUGGCAAAAUGGGAACCGGCAAAAUGGGAAACGGCAAGGGAAAGGGAAGCAGCCGCGACGGAAACGGAAAAGGCAAGGGCGAAGGUGGCAAAGGAAAAAGUGGCAAGGGAAAAGGUGGCAAGGGAAAAGGUGGCAAGGGAAAAGCGGCGUGGAAAUCAGCUUCCUUUGCGGAAGUCGACGCGGAAGGGACGAUUAGUGGGCCACUUUGAUUUAUCAAAUGCAAAAAUGUCUGGGUCUGGAAAUUUUCUAGACUUGUCAUGCAGGUUUUGCAUAAGUCUUGAUGUCUGUGAUGCGUGCCCUAGCAUCACAGAUUUUUUGAGGCCUUCUUGAUGCCUAUUCCGCAUUACAAAUGCCAUCUCCGCGUAGCAAAAAUUGCAUUCCCUUUGCUGCUCAUGCAAUGCAGAUUUUUUUGCCAUCCAAAUGCAGCAUCACAAGUUCCAACCUUCCAGACCCAGACAUUUUUACAUUUGAUAUGAUUGAGCUUUUUUCUGGUUGAUUGUAACUUUGUUUUAAUUGUCACAUGAUUUUUACAUUUUCACAAAAUUCAUUCACUUCCGAAACUACACGCACAUACUUUCUUACGUCACCGAGAUUUUUUACAGCAUAUGAAAGCAUUGUAACUUUUGUCUUCUUACGUUCUCAAUUACCACUUUACAAGCGUCUUCUUACGUUCUCAAUUACCACUUUACAUUGUAACUAUUGACUUGUUGUAAAAAUUUUCAAGAUCCACGCGAGCAGCAUGCUCGUAAAUCUUAUGCACUCUAUUUUUUUCGCAUUCUUUUUGCAAGCAUUUAUCACCAUUCGCACAUUGUUAUUGUAAACACGGACAAAUUUUUUACUUUUUGGACACACGACACGCACUAGUUUUUCAAUUUCAUCGGCACAACAAGCAUUGACUUCUGGAACAUGAAAGAAUAGAAUUUCGGCAUUAACAGUUUUUAGUACUACGAACACGCACUCUUCGAAGUAAUUGAAUACACCGAGGACCUCAAGUUUGAAAAUUUUCACGACGAACUGAUAAAAGAGAUAAAUGCAAAGAAUAGGUUGCAGGACGGGG